UGAAUCCGGCCAGCUUGCCGCUCCUGCUGCUAUAUUGACGCGCCGACAGGUCUGGAUGUUAUUACCGGGAGAGCCGCUGGAUUCAGGCUGAGAAGAAGGACUCUGGCUUCGGCACAAUGACAGCGUCCAAAGAUCCGACGAAGAAGAAACCGAAAGAGGCGCAGCAGGAUGAGGAAUUUGUGGACGUCAGCCCCCCGCAGAGGAACUGGAAAGGCAUCGCCAUCUCUCUGCUGGUGAUUGCGGUGGUCUGCUCGCUCAUCACCAUGUCUGUGGUCGUCCUCACACCUGCGGAGCUCCCUGGCAGCAGCAAGUCCAGGCUGACUGUGGCGGAUCUGUACAAACCAGAGUUCAGCGUUCACGACCCCGAGGCCUCGUGGAUCAGUGAUUCAGAGGUGGUGUACAGGAACCGCGACGGUCACGUCAUCAAGUUUAACUUCGCCUUGAAUGAGACGGAAGUCCUUCUGAGCAACAACACGUUUGUGGCCUUCAAGGUGGCAAAGUACUCGCUCUCUGCAGAUCUGAAGUACGUGCUCUUCGCUUACGAUGUCAAACAGAUGUACAGAUAUUCAUACACGGCGUCUUUCAUCGUUUACAACAUCUACACGAGGGAGGUUUGGGAGCUAAACCCUCCGGAGGUUCACAACGCAGUGCUCCAACAUGCAGCUUGGGGAAGACAAGGACAGCAGCUGAUCUACAUCUUUGAGAACAACAUCUACUACCAGUCAGAUGUGAGGAGUAACUCUCUGAGAAUCACCUCCUCUGGGAUGGAAGGAGUCAUCUUCAACGGACUCGCCGACUGGUUGUAUGAAGAGGAGAUUCUGCGUUCACACUUGGCUCACUGGUGGUCGCCUGACGGAGAGAGACUGGCUUUCCUAACCAUCAACGACACCCUGGUACCCAACAUGGUUUUGCCCCAGUUCACUGGCAGCACCUACCCCAAAGGGCUACAGUACCCAUAUCCCACGGCCGGUCAGACAAACCCGACCGUCAAGUUGUCGGUGGUCAACCUGUUCGGAGCGACACACACGCAGGAACUGCCGCCUCCGGAUCAGCUCAGGCUCAGGGAUUUCUACAUCACCAUGGUGAAGUGGAUCAGUAAUACUCACCUCGCAGUGCGGUGGCUCAACCGGCCCCAGAAUGCUUCACUGCUGACGGAGUGUGACGCCACCAUAGGAGUCUGUCUUCAGAGACAUGAGGAGUCUUCAGAGACAUGGCUAUCCAGACAGAGACAGGAGCCGCUGUUCUCCAAGGACAGGAGCAGGUUUUUCCUCACUCUGCCCGUGAAACAAGGAGGUCAGGGAGAUUUCCACCACAUCACAAUGUUCACCAAAAAGUUACGAAGCGACCAGGACGAAGUUCGACACUUAACGUCAGGAGACUGGGAGGUGACAAAAAUCGUAGCUUACGAUGAAAACAACCAGAUUAUAUACUUUCUGAGCACAGAGGACUCUGCACAACAAAGACAUUUAUACAGCGUGUCCACACUCGGCCUGUUUCCACGACGAUGCCUCACCUGCGGACUGAAGGAGGAGUGUUUGUUCUUUGACGCCAAUUUCAGCCCGGUUGCACAGCACGCCAUCCUGCACUGUAAAGGUCCUGGAGUUCCAGCUGUGCUGCUUCUAAGUUUUGAUGACGGGGACUCGUAUUUCAUCUUGGAGAACAACCUCCCUCUGCGGUCUGCGCUGGAGACUAAAAAGACGGUUCAGACUGAAAUCCGGACGAUCACUAAUGACAACUUUGAGCUGCCGCUGAAGCUCAUCUAUCCUCCUGACUUCUCCGAGUCCUACAUCUACGGCCUCCUCCUCAUCGUCGGCAGUUCUCCAGGCGACCAGGCGGUGACAGAAGAGUUCAGGCCGGACUGGGACUGGGUGACAGCGGGAUCAGAGCAGGUCAUCGUAGCGCGGCUCGACGGCAGAGGGUCGGGGUUCAGAGGUCAAAGGGUUUUACAGCAGGUCCAUGAGAGGCUCGGCUCAGUGGACGCAGAGGACCAGAUAGCAGCUCUGGAAUACCUGGUGAGGCUGCCGUUCGUUGAUCGCACUCGUGUCGGAGUCUUCGGGGAGGACUACGGUGGCUACCUCACACUGAUGAUGCUGAAGUCGACAGAGAAGCUGAUCCGAUGUGCUGCAGUUCUGGCUCCUGUCAUUGACUGGUCCAUGUACGCCUCUGCGUUCGCGGAGAGAUACCUCGGCUCACCUUCAACUGAGGAGAACAGAUACCAGGCAUCUAAAGUCCUGGCCAACAUGAAAGGUCUACAGGGGGGAGCUCUGUUUCUGGCUCACGGCACUGCUGACGCAAACGUUCACUUUCAGCACUCAGCAGAGCUCAUCAAACACUUAAUAAAGAUCGGCGCCAACUAUACUAUGCAGAUCUACCCAGACGAGGGACACUUCCUGUCAAGACGCAGCCGGAUUCAGCUGACUCACUCCCUAAUUGGUUAUUUUAGAGGAUGUCUGCUUGAUGCAUCAUCAUUACUCGACCAACAACAACAACGGGAUGACGAGUGAGAGCGAACGUGGUUAUUACUGGACCGAGACUGUGUGUUUAAGAGUGUAUGUGCCCCUGGUAGACUGAGUGUGUGUGUGUGUGUGUGUGUGCGUGUUUUAUACCUGUAGCACAACAUUUGAUGGACAAAACAAGCUUCUUCUCAACAUAUCAGACUAGUUUCUGUCGCUCAUCACCUCAGUAGAAUAAAGCUCCUACACUCAGCUCUGUUGUCAAGUAUCAUGAUGGGUAACAAACAGUCUAAUAGAGGUUUUCACUACCUGAAAUAUUGCCUCUCUCUCCUUUACAGAACAGAGAAAAUGCUUAGUUUUUGUGUGAUGGCAAGAUUUUUAAAUUCUACAAAAUGUGGGGGAAGUUUGGAGGAGGAGGUGAUAAAAUUUGUCUUUCUCUUUGAUGCCACUGGUAAACAAGACAGUCUUCACAAAACGUGAAAUUAGCGCAAAUUCUCAAACACAGGGUUUGUGUGGACGCAUACUUUGACGAUUACGUCCCUCAGCAGUGACAUUUUGAUGUGCUAUUUUCAUAGCUUCAUGUCAUGUAAAUGUGGGAUAACAGCAACUUUUAGCAAGUAAAAUAGUUCUGGUGAAAACUUGGCUUCUCUUGCUUUACAACAUUAAAUGUUUGUGACUAGAUAAGCAAAAAUUAAAGUUAAGGACGAAAACAUCCUUUUUAUCAGUCAAACUUUAUUUGUAUAGCACCUUUCAUACAGGUUAGUGCAAUUCAAAGUGCUUUACAGAUGAGUGACAAGCUGAUAAUAACACAGUACAAAUGUAAACAGUAAAGUUAUUUGAGACUAAUGCACAGGAGACAAAAUAAAUAAAUAAAUAAAAAUAAAAAUGAUUUAAUGUAAUGAAAAUGUAAUAAUAAAACCAAUAAAAAGAGAUUAAAAAACAGUAACACAUAUCAAAGACAAAUAACAAAUAAAAUAAAUGAUUGAAUACAGUGUACACACAGUGUAGAAAUAUUCUGUUACAAGUAAAGGUCCUGCACUAAGUACCAAAAGUACUUAUUAUGCAGAAUGCACCAUUUCAGAAUGAUGAAUAUUAUGUUAUUGUAUUAUAAUUAUUGAUGCAGUGAUGUGUUCAUCACUUUAAUGUUGCAGCUGGUAAAGGUGGAGCUGAUUUUAAUUACUUUAAGUACUGCUGGGUAGCUUGUGAAUUUCCCCCUGGGAUCUAUAAAAGUCUUAUCGAAACCUUUAAUAAUACAUCAUAAUUUAUUAGUUGAUUAUAUUUUGUGUUAAUAAUCUGAAUUUGCAUUUCAGACCAGGCCGCUUUUGCUAACCAUAUUCUACUAUCACCUUCGAUUCUUCCUGUCAGUAUGUUUUGUUGUUUUUGGGGGUUUUUUUGCCUAGUAUCACAUAAAUCGAUUUUUAUCAUGAUAUCGAUUAUGUAUCAAGCUCUUUCUCUAAACGUUGAGAGUUUUUGUUUUGAUGCAAAUUGCACCAAACUGCUCAGUCAGUGGGACACGAAACCAUUUCAAAACAUGACAAAGCCUGACAUCAAGGUCAUUUUUGUGGCAUUUUGUUUCUCUUGUAUCCUUUUCAUUGCCAGCGUUUCUCAUUUCUCAAGACUAAAACUUUAUCUGGAAGCGACUGACUUGCACAGGGAAGCAGUACAACAUUUGUAACCAACCAAAAAGCAGACAUGACUCAUCAUAAGACAGCCUCGUUAGGAAAACCUGUUUAUCAUGUCAUGUUGUAUAUUUCUGUGGGGCAGCUUGACUGUUUUACAAAUAUAGUUACAGAUCUGUUAAGUCAUCUAGCUCUUAAUUAGACAGCAAUAGUGCUCAACACAUGUACAGUACUUUAUGUUGUAGGAUAGUUGAUUUUAUUAAACUGUCUCCUUGUCAGUAUCAGUGUUUCAAAUGAGAUUUAUUUAUUUCUAAAAGUAGAUAUUUAUCAUUUCGCACCAACUUUUUUUUCUAAAUAUUUAGCUUAAAGGGGCAAUAAGUGAAAUGUUUGUUGUCCCAUAGCACAAAAUGUUCACUGUCUAUCUGCAGUAGCUUAAUGAGAUUGCUGAUGAAGUUACUACUCUUAGUCCUUUAUAUGUAUAACGCCUUUUUCUUAGAACAUAUCUGCAGCAGGUCUAUUGCAGUUUCAGUUUUUUUACAUGAUUAUUUACUGUGUAACCUUUUCACAAGGAGUUUGCGUUGAAUUUUCGCUGUACUGCUCUCAUCGCUCGCGUUUUGAUAGUUACAGGCUACUAUUUGCUAUUUGAAUUUCUAUGUUUUUAUAUUUUCUACUGGUCGCCAAAAUGGUUUUACGCCACUUAAUGUUCCUUUAAACCCUUGGAUGACAAAAUAUCAUUUUUGCUUCGUAAACUUGGAUUUAAACUCAUAUCCUAAUUUAUUCAUUUAAAUUUGUCUAACUGCUGUUCUGGAUCAAUUAUUUCAAGUGCAAUUCCUCAUCACUUUGCUUAAACUUUCUUCUCUUGCUGCACCAAACAGUUUGGAAAUACUCCCAGGUUAUAGUGUUAUCCAUAAAGCUCUGCAGUAAAAGGCAUCAUAAGCGUUAUGGCAACACACAGUGCCUGAGAGCGUUCCUCGCUGUGAUUACGGGUGUGAGAGUGACUCAGACAAUUACUGUCAGCCGCACACAAGUGCCAUUAAUCACAGUGAUGAAUGUCCUCGAUGCUGUUUUAGCUUUUAGACAAGAGGAGCCAACAUGUGCUCAGUGUCUGGAGUUUCAUUUCCAAACUGCUCUUAACAUAUAAGAAUAAAAGGAAAAACAGUAGUGACGACUGAAAGACUGAACUACAUGAAAGGAAAAACAGUAGUGACGACUGAAAUGUAUAAUAAAUUGUGAUAAUCCCCCUAGCGCAUGGCUAUUGGUUGCCAUGCCAAUGUGUUUGGUAGCCUUGGAUACAGCUUCUCGUAAUUCAUUUAAAGAUGAAACAUGGAGCUCUCUGCGUGUCGGACUGAGCAGCUGAUGAUGCAGUCUGCUGAACUGUCUCGCUGUCUGUGCUUUGUAACAUUUGACGCCACUUUAGAGUCUAAUAUGUGAAGUCAUGGUUAUUGUUUCUAUUGGGGUUUGUACUGUGAGUUUAACUUGAUUUUGUUUUUCUUCUGUGGGGGCAUUGUGGGUGAGGGAUAAUAAAGAAAAGCUUGUUGUAUUUUUUGGCUGUUUUUAAUAUUAAAGAACAAUGAAUGAGC